UAAUACAACUGUUUAUUUUGGGUAAUUACGAGCACAACCGUGUUUGCAUAGUCUAAACAUUAGAAUAUUGUUAUAACGUUUCUUACAGCUGUUGUAGCCUUUAACUUUAGGUUUACUGGUACACCAGGAAGUCAAAAAUAACAUUUACACAAUUUGAACCAACUGGAAACAGCACGGAGUAACAACAAUUUAUUUUAAUUUCAAGCAACUCUAAAUGUCAAAUCUGCUUAAUUUCUGAACAGUUUUGUAAACAAUCAAAUGCUCGAAUAUAGAAUCCGCCAGAUACUGCAUACUGUUAAACCAGCUCCUACUUUCUUAUCCAGAAGGAUAUUGGAAAUGUUUACAAAUUAAACCCUUGAUAUUAUAUUAGGACUAACAGGCAGGAUGAUGGAGGAUGGAAUAGUUUUUGUGAACUUGUUUUGUACAUAAAUGUCUUCCUCAGUCACAUGACGCUGUGCUGUUUAUUCACCUUUUGCUCUCAGAAGAGUUCUGUAAAAACCGAAUCUUUACUCCGUUUACUUUGUUUAAGUUUGAAAACAGAGCAGCCCAUUCAUCUUUAAUAAUGGGGAAGAGGUAUUACUGCGACUACUGUGACCGGUCCUUUCAGGAUAACAUGCACAACAGAAAGAAGCAUCUGAACGGUGUUCAGCAUCACAGAGCAAAGAAGGCCUGGUUUGACCAGUUUAGAGAUUCCACAGCUAUUCUCUUUGAUGAGCAAACCAAGAAACCAUGUAGGCAGUUUCUCCAGAGAGGAGUUUGUGAUUUUGGUGCAAACUGCAAGUUUUCUCACAUGUCUGAAGAGGAGCAGCAUCGUUUAAGGAGAAGGCUGGAAGAGGAAAGACAGCACCAAAAGGACGCUGAGGAAAGACCGGUGUUUGGACGACAUAUAAACGAAUGGCUCCAGAAACGGGAGAAGAAGCAGGCCGCCCUCUGUAGCAAAGGAGAUCCAACUACUACGGAAGACACAGAGGAGGCUGAAACAGAACACCAGAUACCUCAGCAGCUCCUCUCCAUCCCUGACCUCCCACCCUCCCUGUUACCACCUCCUCCUGGCGGAUGGAGAGUCAGGGUGUGCUCUGAAUGGGGUUGAGAGACAUUCUCUGUAAUUUCCAAGUAACCCUUAAGUGGAUAGUUGCGUGGCAUUAAAGGGGCAAGAGCAGCGUUUAUUAAACUAUGGUUUCACUUGAAGGUGUGUCCAUUUUUUAACUGCUCUUAAAACUGUUGCAAGUUUCUGUUAAGAGAUAAGAGAUGCUUAGUUUAGCAUUUACAUGGAAAUUGUGCACAGAAUCUGACAAAAGUUUCAAAAUAAUACUUGGUUUGUGAAUGUAACUCCCAGAAGUGCCACUUUGUUCAUUUCAGGAUGAGUCUUCACUGCUGAGUCAGUCGGCCUCAUUGUGGAGUUUGAGACUCCUCCCUCACCUUUUUAAAGGUUAAAUGCAACCUUGUCCCUUAAUGAGCAGGUCAUGGCUAAGAUGAGACAUCUAAGAUGAGGAUUUCAUGUUGAGAAUUUAAUAAAAAUGAGUUUUUUUU